UGCGUCUUUUUAAAUUAUUGUUUGAAAAACAAGUAUUUAAAGUAAUCGUUAUCUUACCUUUAGUCUUGUUUAAACAGAGAAAAAGGAGUCUUUAAGUGUUUCAGUUUCGGAUAAACACAUUAUAAGAAUGCUUUUUGAAUCGGAUUUCACAAGGACUGUAUCAAUGAGAUUGUCUGAAGUUUUUGAUGACAUAUGCGUGAACGAGAAAAUGGUGUUAAAGAGACGAAACAUGUUUUUGUUACAAGAAUGCAUGCAAACACUAAUAAAUCUGAACGAUGAAAAUGAAAAUUUACAUUACAUAUUUGGCAGUCAGUCUGAAGGAACCACUACAAAUGGACUUAACUCUGACAUUGAUAAACUUAUUUGUUUUUCGGAGUUUAAUGUUAUACAAAACUUAAAUGAGUUGCAACAACCAGAUGUACCGAAUUUAUUGAUGAUACAGGAUGAGACGGUUUCUCCUGGAUAUUGUUUGAUUCAGUGCUUGGGGAAGUACGCUCCUUUUCAAUAUGAUUGUAAUUAUAGUGAUCAUUUUUUCAUAGACAGAUUGGGAAGACUUCUGCUGAAAAACACAUAUGUGUUAAAACGAAUUGCUGGUUUACGUGAAGGAAGUGUUCAGCAUGGUCCAGCAUUCGCAGAAAUGGACCGUGUUGGGUUUUGUGAUGUUGAUCGUGUUGGAGCUUUCCGUUGUAAAUCUUGGCCUCAACAAGCUAAACAAUGGUUACAGAAUCAUGAUAUUUAUCGAGGUCAAGCUCAAUGGCCCUCAUUCGAGAUGAAGAGGUAUUGCAAGAGCACAGGAUGUUUUGUUGUUCCCGUUGGUAGCACGGACAGUGCUACAAAAGAGCUUGAAUGGAGAAUAUCAACAUCUCUUUCUGAGCGUUGUAUGGUGUUUAAUAUGAACAUAUCACAAAUCAGAUGUUUUGUAUUAAUGAAGAUGAUACUGAAGACGUUCAUCAAACCAAAGUAUGACACAAUUUCAACUUACAUCUGUAAAACAGUUCUUUUUCACUGCAUAACAAACACGCCAGCUAGCAUCUGGAGAGAAAACAAUUUGAUUACCUGUUUUUGCAAAUAUCUGUUAUGGCUGUACAAAUUUGUUUCGGAUGAAAAGUGUCCACAUUUUUUUAUAAAACGUAACAAUUUAUUAAAGGGAAAGAUUACAUCAGGAUGCAAACAAUUUAUGCUUGCACUAAUUCAUGAUUUUAUAAAUAGUAAUGGCAAAUUAUUAUUGGAAAUAAAAUGUAAUUCUUUCGGUGAAAGACUAAUGUUAAAAAUGAAUUAUCUAUCACCACAAAAGAUGACUGAAAUAACAUCUGGCUAUCUCCUCUGCCUCACUGCUGUAACAAUCAAUGCAACAAUCAAUACUGUGAUAAAAGAUAGCUCACUUGAUUUAAGUAAUUGGAGUCACAAAGUAGUCAAAAAGAAGUUAGUUAAUUACAUUUUCAGAUUGAGGAAUAUAUUCUAUACAUGUCAAGUAAUGCAGAAAAAGGCGUGCAAACUUAUUAUUACUCAUUUGUGUUCAAUUCUGGGAUCUGUUCUAGCUUCCCAAAGCAUUCAACAAAACAACAUUAUAUCAGACGAUGCUCAAUAUUGGAUGGGGCUUGGUCUUUAUGCAGAUGUUGCAUCUCCUAAACUGAAACAAGCUUCCAUAUUUUACUGUGUCGGAAACAUUCAAAGAACAGAAACUGUCCUGAAUCAAACUGAAGCAGUGUAUGACCUUAACGUUGUCAAGCCUUUUUGUUCCUGUAACGGUAAUACUCAAAAACUGAAAAGAAGGGGUUUCUUUCAAAAAUCUGAUAAAUUUAACUUAGAAGAUGCUAGACAGCUUACUACAGCGUCCUGUGUCCGAUUCUUUCGCUGUGAAAUGAACUGCGUUCCAUAUGAAUUAAAAUAUGAACUGUUUAGAUCAACAAAAGAAGAAAAAGUUAAUAGAGAAUCAGAUGCCAUUUGGAUGGACUUUGCUGUUAUUGAUUCCCUCCCUUUUCUAUAUUUCCUUCAGUUCAAGACUUACAGCCGUCUGGAAAAAGAAAAAGAUAAACAAAGAGCUUUGUUCAACCUUGCUAGAACUAUGGACCAGGAACGAAAUAUUGGUCACCUGGAAACAGCUUUUAAUCUAUUAGGAAAGUGUUUGGAACAAGAAGGUCGAGCUAGAGCAGCUUUAGAAUGUUAUUUACGAUCAUUAAAUCUGAGGAAAAGAAACAAUGCUGCAAGACUUCAUAUUUGUGUUCUACUAGCAAAAAAGAUCAAUAGACUCUGAAACAAAUGAAGUUGUGAUAUGAAAUAGUAUCCACUGUCAAUCUUGUAAUCGUGAAAAAAGCUGCUAAACUCUCUAGUUAGGGAACAUAUUUCUUGAACAUAAAUUCAUUCUAUAAUCAUAACAUAGUGGUAACGAAAUUUGAAGUAAUCGGUUAUAAAACUAUUUCGUUUUUUCAUUUUAUCUCAAUGUUUUUAUGAUCUCAUUACAUUGAUCUCUCUUGGUAAACUGCAUACCUGAUAAAUUUAGCUUUAUCAGUGACACCCAGCUUUAUCAGAUACCUCAUCAAUACACACUGAAAUGAAAUAAAGAUAAAGGAGUAUUUUUACCUAAACAUAUAAAUUUUGAAUCGAACAGAAUGUUUUAAUUUACAGUUGACAUUAUUUCUUAUCGAUAUGACGCUUGGUUGUAAAUUCGCACAUAAGGGCACGCGGCAUGAACUCGAGAGGGUAUUGGCAGGUUAUUGUUCCAUUUGGAAAUUAAAAAAAAAAGAGACGCUAAUUAAAAUUGAAAAUAUGAUCCGAAGUUUAUAGCUGCAUAAAAUGAAAAUGUCUAACACAAAUAGUAGACUGCAGCAUGACUGUACUUUGGCCUUAACUUGGUGUGAUUAAUUAUCUUUUACUAUAAUUACUCAAAUGUCUCAAAAUCACAUAUUCUCUAUACUGUCAAAAAAUUUUCCCGUUCGCCUGGAUAAGAUUUUCAUGAGUAUUUUUUUUCGUCACACAGUUGGUCGUCAUUUUUCUAUCCAAUUAGAUGUAAAGUUAUAAUCAAUCACGCAAGUCUGUCUGGAACCUUUUCAGACAUUUUGAGAGGCAAGUAAAUCAUCAAUUUAUUAUUUACAUUCUACACUCAA